AUGGAAUUCCCCUUUGGGUCCCUGGAAACUACCAACUUCCGUCGAUUCACCCCGGAGUCCCUGGUGGAGAUUGAAAAAAGAAUUGCUGCUAAGCAAGAGUCAAAGAAAGUCAAAGAGAAGUUCAGGAGGCAGAAGGACCAGAAAGAGAAGCCUCGGCCCCAGCUAGACUUGAAAGCCUGCAACCAGUUGCCCAAGUUCUACGGUACGCUCCCGGCUGAGCUGAUUGGGGAGCCGCUGGAGGAUCUGGACCCCUUCUACAGCACACACCGGACAUUUAUGGUGCUGAACAAAGGGAGGACCAUUUCCCGGUUUAGCGCCACUCGGGCCCUGUGGUUAUUCAGUCCUUUCAACCUGAUCAGAAGAACAGCCAUCAAAGUGUCCGUCCACUCAUAUCCUUUGUGGUUCAGUUUAUUUAUAACCAUCACUAUUUUGGUCAAUUGUGUGGGCAUGACCCGAACAGAACUUCCAGAGAGAAUGGAGUAUGUCUUCACUGUCAUUUAUACCUUUGAAGCCUUGAUAAAGAUAUUGGCAAGAGGAUUUUGUCUAAAUGAGUUCACUUACCUGAGAGAUCCUUGGAACUGGCUGGAUUUUAGUGUCAUCACUCUGGCCUACGCUGGUGAAGUGACAGACCUCCGAGGGAUCUCAGGCCUGCGGACGUUCAGAGUCCUUCGAGCUUUAAAAACCGUGUCUGUGAUCCCGGGGCUGAAGGUCAUCGUGGGGGCCCUGAUCCACUCGGUGAAGAAGCUGGCUGACGUGACCAUUCUCACUGUCUUCUGCCUGAGUGUCUUUGCCCUGGUGGGCCUGCAGCUCUUCAAGGGCAACCUCAAGAACAGAUGUGUCAAGAACUGCACAGCUGUCAAUGAGACAGCCAAUUACUCCUCUCACGAAAAACAGGAGUGGAAUUACUGCCAACGGGACCCAGAUUACUAUACCAACAAGGAAGGCACCUCUGACCCCUUACUCUGUGGCAAUGGAUCUGAUGCAGGCCACUGCCCUGAAGGUUAUUUCUGCCUUAAGACAUCUGACAACCCAGAUUUUAACUAUACCAGCUUUGAUUCCUUCGCUUGGGCUUUUCUCUCAAUGUUUCGCCUCAUGACACAGGAUUCCUGGGAACGCCUCUACCAGCAGACCCUGAGGGCUUCUGGGAAAAUCUAUAUGGUGUUUUUCGUGCUUGUUAUCUUCCUGGGGUCUUUCUACCUGGUCAAUUUGAUCUUGGCUGUGGUCACCAUGGCAUAUGAGGAGCAGAACCAGGCAACCAUUGAUGAAAUUGAAGCCAAGGAGAAGAAGUUCCAGGAGGCCCUUGAGAUGCUCCGGACAGAGCAGGAGGUGCUUGCAGCACUGGGGGUUGACACAGCCUCUCUCCAGUCUCACAAUGGAUCCCCCUUGGCCUCCAAAACUGCCAGUGAAAGAAAACACAGAAUGAAGUCAAGGGUGUCCGAGGGCUCCACAGACGACAACAAGUCACUCCGGUCUGAGUCUUACAACCAGCACCGAAUGUCUUUCCUAGGCCUCACCGCUGGGAGACGCCGGGCUAGCCACGGCAGUGUGUUCCACUUCCAGGCCCCUGGCCGAGACAUCUCAUUCCCUGAUGGGGUCACAGAUGAUGGAGUCUUUCCUGGAGACCAUGAAAGCCGUCGUGGCUCUCUGCUGAUGCUUAGGGGUGCAGGCCAGCAAGGCCCCCUCCCUAGGAGUCCACUGCCUCAAACCCUCAACCGCGGCUCAGGGUGUGGAGAAGAUGGAGCUCCCAAAAUGACCACUGGAGAGCUUGCCCCUGGAGUCAUCGAAGUCUCGGCAUCUGAUGCAGGACAGAAGACUUUCCUAACAGCAGAUUACUUGAAUGAACCUUUCCGAGUCCAAAGGGCAAUGAGUGUUGUCAGUAUCAUGACCUCUGUCCUCGAGGAACUCGAGGAGUCUAAACAGAGGUGCCCACCCUGCUUGACCAGCUUGGCUCAGAAGUAUCUUAUCUGGGAUUGCUGCCCCACAUGGGUGAAGCUCAAGACACUUCUCUUCGCAAUUGUGAUGGACCCCUUUGCGGAGCUCACCAUCACCCUGUGCAUCGUGGUGAACACCGUCUUCAUGGCCGUGGAGCACUAUGGCAUGAGCCCCGCCUUCGAAGCCAUGCUCCAGAUUGGCAACAUCGUGUUUACCGUGUUUUUUACUGCUGAAAUGGUCUUCAAAAUCAUAGCCUUGGACCCCUACUAUUACUUCCAGAAGAAGUGGAACAUAUUUGACUGCAUCAUUGUCACCGUGAGCCUGAUAGAGCUGGGCGCAGCCCGGAAGGGGAGCCUGACGGUGCUGCGGACCUUCCGCCUGCUGCGGGUCUUCAAGCUGGCCAAGUCCUGGCCCACCUUAAACACGCUCAUCAAAAUCAUCGGCAACUCGGUCGGGGCCCUGGGGAACCUCACCAUCAUCCUGGCCAUCAUUGUCUUCGUCUUUGCUCUGGUGGGCAAGCAGCUCCUGGGGGAAAACUACUGCCACAAGCGGGAAAAAAUUUCAGCCCCCAACGAAGACUGGCCCCGCUGGCACAUGCAUGACUUCUUCCACUCCUUCCUCAUUGUCUUCCGGAUCCUCUGUGGAGAGUGGAUUGAGAACAUGUGGGCCUGCAUGGAAGUUGGCCAGAAGUCUAUCUGCCUCAUCCUUUUCUUGACAGUGAUGGUGCUGGGCAACCUGGUGGUGCUUAACCUGUUCAUCGCCCUGCUGCUGAACUCCUUCAGUGCCGACAACCUCACACCACCCGAGGAUGACGGCGAGGUGAACAACCUGCAGGUGGCCUUAGCGAGGAUCCAGGUGUUCGGCCAGCACACUAAGAGGGCCCUUUGCAGUUUCCUCAGUCGGCCCUGCUUACUCCCCCAGCCCAAGGCAGAGCCCCAGUUGGUGGUGAAACUCCCACUUUCCACCUCCAUAGCCAAGAACCACAUUGCUGCUGACACAGCCCUGGGGAGCCCCGGACGGCUCCCGGCACUCAGAAGCCCCAGGGACAAUCACAGUGACUUCAUCACCGAUCCUAACAUAUGGGUCUCUGUGCCCAUUGCUGAGGGCGAAUCCGACCUGGAUGACUUGGAGGAGAAUGGUGAGGAGGAUGCUCAGAGCACCAGGCAGGAAGUGAUCCCCCAAAGGCAGGUGAGACAGCUGCAGCAAGUUGGGAAGUAUGAGGAUCACCUGCCACCCAGGAGCCCAGGGUCUGGAAUAUCCUCUGAAGACCUGACUCCAUACCUAGGUGAGAAGUGGAAAGACGAGGCUCCUGCUCAGGGCCCUGCAGAGGGAGCGGACGACACAAGCUCCUCGGAAGGCAGCACUGUGGACUGCCUGGACCCCGAGGAGAUCCUGAGGAAGAUCCCUGAGCUGGCAGACGACCUCGAUGAGCCAGAUGACUGCUUCACGGAAGGCUGUGUUCACCACUGUCCCUGUUGCAGAGUGAACAGCUCCAGGUUUCCCUGGGCCACAGGCUGGCAGGUACGCAAGGCCUGCUUUCGCAUCGUGGAGCACAGCUGGUUUGAAAGUUUCAUUGUCUUCAUGAUCCUGCUCAGCAGUGGAGCGCUGGCCUUUGAAGAUUUUUACCUUGACCGGAAGCCCACGGUGAAGGCCUUGCUGGAGUACACUGACAGGGUGUUCACGUUUAUCUUUGUGUUUGAGAUGCUGCUCAAAUGGGUGGCCUACGGCUUUAAGAAUUACUUCACCAAUGCCUGGUGCUGGCUGGACUUCCUGAUCGUGAACAUCUCACUGACAAGCCUCAUAGCGAAGGCGCUGCAGUAUUCUGAUAUGGCGCCCAUCAAAGCCCUUCGGACCCUCCGCGCCCUGCGGCCACUGCGGGCUCUGUCUCGAUUUGAAGGCAUGCGGGUGGUGGUAGACGCCCUGGUGGGCGCCAUCCCAUCCAUCAUGAACGUCCUCCUCGUCUGCCUCAUCUUCUGGCUCAUCUUCAGCAUCAUGGGCGUGAACCUCUUCGCGGGGAAGUUUCAGAAAUGCAUCAACAAGACCAAUGAAGGCUUUCUUCUUGUGCCUUGGUCUACUGUGAAUAACAUGUCUGACUGUGAGCGUCAAAACCACACUGGAAGCUUAUUUUGGGUCAAUGUGAAGGUCAACUUUGAUAAUGUUGCAAUGGGCUACCUCGCGCUUCUGCAGGUGGCAACCUUUAAAGGCUGGAUGGACAUCAUGUAUGCGGCUGUCGAUUCCCGGGAUGUGAACUUUCAGCCCAAGUGGGAGGACAACGUGUACAUGUACUUUUACUUUGUCAUCUUCAUCAUUUUUGGAGGCUUCUUCACGCUCAAUCUCUUUGUUGGCGUCAUCAUUGACAACUUCAACCAACAGAAAAAAAAGUUAGGAGGCCAGGACAUCUUCAUGACAGAGGAGCAGAAGAAGUACUACAAUGCCAUGAAGAAGCUGGGCUCCAAGAAGCCCCAGAAGCCCAUCCCACGGCCCCUGAAUAAGUACCAGGGUUUCGUCUUUGACAUCGUGACCAGGCAGACUUUUGACAUCGUUAUCAUGGUCCUCAUCUGCCUCAACAUGAUCACCAUGAUGGUGGAGACUGAUGAACAGAGUGAAAAAAAGACAAAAGUCCUGAACAAAAUCAACCAGUUCUUUGUGGCUGUCUUCACGGGAGAGUGUGUCAUGAAGAUGUUUGCCUUGAGGCAUUACUACUUCACCAACGGCUGGAAUGUGUUCGACUUCGUCGUCGUGGUCCUCUCCAUUGGGAGCCUGGUGUUCUCUGCAAUUGUUACGUCACUUGGAAGUCUCUUCUCCCCGACGCUCUUCCGCGUCAUCCGCCUGGCCCGCAUUGGCCGCAUCCUCAGGCUGAUCCGCGGGGCCAAGGGCAUCCGCACGCUGCUCUUUGCCCUCAUGAUGUCCCUGCCCGCCCUCUUCAACAUCGGGCUGCUGCUCUUCCUCGUCAUGUUCAUCUACUCCAUCUUCGGCAUGGCCAGCUUCGCCACCGUCAAGUGGGAGGCCGGCAUCGACGACAUGUUCAACUUCCAGACCUUUGCCAACAGCAUGCUGUGCCUCUUCCAGAUCACCACGUCAGCAGGCUGGGACGGGCUCCUCAGCCCCAUCCUCAACACGGGGCCCCCCUACUGCGACCCCAACUUGACCAUCAACAACAGCACAAGAGGGGACUGCGGGAGUCCCAUCGUGGGCAUCAUCUUCUUCACCACCUACAUCAUCAUCUCCUUCCUCAUCGUGGUCAACAUGUACAUCGCAGUGAUUCUGGAGAACUUCAAUGUGGCCACGGAGGAGAGCACAGAGCCCCUGAGUGAGGACGACUUUGACAUGUUCUACGAGACGUGGGAGAAGUUUGACCCAGAGGCCACUCAGUUCAUCACCUUCUCUGCCCUCUCAGACUUUGCAGACACCCUGUCUGGCCCCCUGAGAAUCCCCAAACCCAAUCGGAAUGUAUUAAUCCAGAUGGACCUGCCCUUGGUCCCUGGAGAUAAGAUCCACUGUUUGGACAUCCUGUUUGCCUUCACCAAGAAUGUCCUUGGAGAAUCCGGGGAGCUGGAUUCCCUGAAGGCAAAUAUGGAGGAGAAAUUUAUGGCAACUAAUCUUUCAAAAGCAUCCUAUGAACCAAUAGCAACCACCCUCCGAUGGAAGCAAGAAGACAUCUCAGCCACUGUCAUCCAAAAGGCCUAUCGGAGCUACAUGCGGCACCGCUCCAGGACGAUCGCCAGCCCUGCGGGGGUGCCCAGGGCUGAGGAGGGGGCAGCAUCACUCCCCGAUGAAGGCUUUGCUGCGCUCAUAGCCAAUGAAAACUGUACGCUCCCAGACAAAUCUGAAACGGCUUCCACCACAUCUUUCCCACCAUCCUACGACAGCGUCACUAGAGGCCUUAGUGAUCAAGUCAACUUGAGCACAUCCAGCUCAAUGCACAAUGAAGGGGAGGCUGUCAGUAAAGAAGCUGCUGGGCCCUCAUGUGGACCCUCCAGCAAGGGCACGUCCAGUUCUGAUGUGUCCGCUGCUCUGUGAUAACUUAGCACCACCGACUCACCAAUGCAUGCCACUACUCACCGUGUCACACCUGGGCAGGGAAUGCAGUUGGUACCCACCUUUGGAGAAACCCUCACACAGCAACAGGAGUCAGAAGCCAAGGGCAUCUCCACAGUGACUUCCUUUUUCAAUUUCAGUAUCAGAUGGUGGGUUCCCUUACUUUCCAGAAAAUGUCCCUGGUCCUUUUAUUUUGAUGGUGACUAGAGCUUAUCUUUACCAAGACAAACAUCUCAGGACCAGAACUUUCAAAGAUACAUGGCAAGGAUGUUGCUGAAGGGCCAAGGUUGUCCUCUGUGAAACAGCGCAUAGAGAUCGGCAGUGCUAUUUAGGAUUUUGCAUGACUGCAUGUUGAGA